AUGGCCACCACUACUAGGAACAGCAACGCCUCCAGCGCGGACAGCUCCCGGUCUACGCCAAGGACUGCAGAAGAGGAAGCAGCUGUACUGUCGCUUUGCGACUUCUGGAUCCGGGCGCGGGAGGAGCACAGUGCCGCCUUGGCCUUGCAACAGAUGCGCACCAAGGGUGCAUAUCUACAAACUGCCAAGGGCUGGCACUACGUGUCUACAGUAGGGGGAGUGGAAGGGUGCCUGUCAGACGACACCGAGAGUGAGGCCGAGGAGUUGAGAGCGGCGUUGGACAACUGGCGGUCAUCAUCGAAGAGCCUGUCACCUUCGAAGAGCCUGUCACCUUCGAAGAGCCUGUCACCAUCGAAGAGCCUGUCACCAUCGAAGAGCCUGUCACCAUCGAAGAGCCUGUCAUCAUCGAAGAGCCUGUCAUCACCGAAGAGGCUGGACCCAAAGGCCUCCUCCUCGCACACACCGGCUGGGAGAGUCAAUGGCAAGGCCGAGGCACGGUUUCCUGCGACCAGCACCCCCAGAGGCAAUAGAGGAAACAAACUGCCGCCUCUAUCCGAUCUUGCAAGGUCGACAAGGUCCGCCGGCGUCAACAAGGGUGGUGCGACCCCGACAGCAAAGAGUAGAGUGGCAAAGGCGGCCCUCUCCAAGCAAGUGUUCCAGAUGAGCCUGAGGCCCUCCAACGAGAUCAAGUCUGCUCGGAUCCGUGCGCUCCUGUGUAAGGUGAGGCCCUGA